CCAUGCUGAGCGGGAAACCGCGGAGAUGAACCCUUUAACUAAAGUGAAGCUGAUCAACGAGCUGAAUGAGCGAGAGGUCCAGCUUGGGGUGGCGGAGGAGGUGUCCUGGCACUCCGAGUACAAAGACAGCGCCUGGAUCUUCCUGGGAGGACUUCCAUAUGAACUAACUGAAGGGGAUAUCAUCUGUGUGUUCUCACAAUAUGGGGAGGUUGUUAACAUUAAUCUGGUGCGAGACAAGAAGACUGGGAAAUCCAAAGGAUUCUGUUUCCUCUGCUAUGAAGACCAGAGGAGCACAAUCCUGGCUGUUGACAAUUUUAAUGGGAUCAAGAUCAAAGGAAGAACUAUCCGAGUAGAUCAUGUGUCUAACUAUCGGACUCCUAAGGACUCAGAAGAAACAGAUACUGUGACCAGAGAGCUCCAGGAAAAGGGCUGUGGGGCUCACACCCCCUCACCAAAUUCAUCUGAGGGCUCUGAAGAUGAGAAACCCACCAAAAAACACAAAAAAGACAAAAAGGAAAAAAAGAAAAGAAAGAAAGACAAAGAGAAGACUGAUCGGGAGGUACUGGCAGAGCAAAAUAAGCCAGCCUCCUCUUCAACUGCCCGAAGCAAGACGAUAAAGGAAAAGGACGACCCCGGCCCUAAAAAGCACAGUGGCAGGAACUCAGAGAGGGGUCAGAAGGCAGAGCCCAGGGAGGUUCGGAAGCGCCACCCCAGCUCCCCCGAGGUCAAGACAGCCUGCCGUGGGGGAGCAGAGGACCGGGAGAGGGAGCCGAAGAAGGAGAAGCCCAGGCACGAGCACAAGUCCUCAAGCAGGAGAGAAGAAAGAGAAGAAAAACACAGGGAUCGAGACAGGGGUCGAAGCUCAGACACAUAUUCCAGCCGGCAUGAGGGGCGUUCUGAGGGACAUAGUCACCGAAGUAGAAGUAGGAGCCGAGACAGAUCACAUAGGCCUAAAAAGGCCCGGCACUCCCGAGACCUGGACCCCUCGGAUCCCAGUGACCGCAGGCAUCACUGAAGCAGCCUGGGCAGCCGCUCACUCGAAUUGGAAAUGAACUACAUUCUAAAAAUUCAGUCAAACUCAGUUAUGCUUUUACCGUUUCUGUAUGUAGAAUCUCUGAGGUUGCAUUCUUUAAUCCCUUGAGUUAUUAGAGUUUCAAUAGCCGAAUGUCCUGGAGUUUUGAGCAGAACCCAUUGUCCCUGGGAAUAUGCUUGGCAUUUAUCAGAGUGUGUAUCCUAAAAUAUGGCCCUUGACUUUAUGACCCCAGUUAAUGAUGAGAUGCCCAGGAAAGGGGAAAUACCAGGUAAUUCUAGAAUUCUAGUCUUUGUGAUAGAUGUUUAGAACCCUUGCAGUGACCCCUCUGGUUGGCAGGGAGACCCAUGGAGUAGAGAAGUGUGGCUUGACGAGGUUUAGACUGCUGGCUGUGAAUGUGAAAAUGAUUCAUUACAUUAGCUCGCUCCCUCUCUAUCCCUUCCUGCUUCUGAAAAUUUAAAACAGCUUUUUCUUCUCUGCUGUUUUGGUUGGUAUAUGUCUCUGCAUGUUUUUUUCCUUACAAUUUAUUUAUUUAUUUACUUUUAUUGAGGUGAAAUUCAUGUAACAUAAAAGGAACCAUUUUAAAGGGAACAAUUCAGUGGCAUGUAGCCCAUUCAGUGUUGUAAAGCCACCAGCCCUGUCUAGUUCUAGAACAUUCUCAUUACCCCACUGUGAAACCCUGUACCCAGUAAACAGUUACUCCCCAUUUCCUCCUCCUCGGGCCUGGCUA